ACACCAUCCCUUUCACUGCUGGUGGAAAUGUGCUUAGAUAAUACGAUACACAGACCAAGUUAACCGUCAGAGAUCUGAAUCCCACUUUACUCAGCAAAUAUUUACGGUGUACAGGAUUUCUAAUUCCGGAAGGGAAAUUGCUUCCCGUUUGGUCCUGGAUUGAUUGAAAAUAAACAUUAGGUACAUUGCUGAAUCUUGAUGAUCUUGCCCACGUGAGUACAGUCUUGGAGUUUCUAAAUCUCUUCUUAUUGCUGCUACUUGAAUUUUGGCUGAAAAGAAAUGAAGAGAUUUUAUGGAGGGCUUCUUGUUGUAUCAAUGUGUAUGUUCUUGACGGUGUAUAGAUAUGUCGACUUGAAAACUCCUGUUGAGAAGCCUUAUAUUGCUGCUGAUUCUGUUUUUGUUACUACCAACACCACUCUUCCUAUGGAAUGGCUCCGGAUUACACUCCCUGAUUUCAUGAAAGAAGCUAGGAACACUCAAGAAGCGAUAUCUGGUGACGAUAUCGCUGUUGUCUCGGGUUUAUUUGUUGAGCAGAAUGUGUCUAGAGAAGAGAGAGAGCCUUUGCUUACUUGGAACCGUUUAGAAAGCUUGGUUGAUAAUGCACAGAGUUUAGUUAAUGGAGUUGAUGCUAUUAAGGAAGCUGGCAUUGUUUGGGAGAGUCUUGUGUCAGCGGUUGAAGCUAAGAAACUAGUUUAUGUAAAUGAAAAUCAAACGAGGAUAGGGAAAGAGGAGCUGUGUCCUCAGUUUCUUAGCAAAAUGAAUGCUAGUGAUGCUGAUGGGAGUAGUCUGAAGUUGAAAAUUCCUUGUGGUCUGACUCAGGGUUCCUCCAUCACAGUUAUUGGCAUCCCCGAUGGUCUUGUUGGGAGCUUCCGGAUUGAUCUAACAGGACAACCGCUUCCAGGGGAGCCUGAUCCGCCUAUUGUUGUACAUUAUAAUGUUAGGCUUCUUGGUGACAAGUCUACUGAAGACCCUGUAAUUGUUCAAAACAGCUGGACGGCAUCUCAUGAUUGGGGAGCUGAGGAACGCUGUCCAAACUUUGAUCCUGAUAUGAAUAAGAAAGUGGAUGACUUGGAUGAAUGCAACAAGAUGGUUGGUAGAGAGAUGAACCGAACUUCUUCAACUAGCUUUCAGUCCAACACUUCAAGGGGCAUUCCCGUAGCCAGGGAAGCAUCUAAACAUGAAAGAUACUUUCCUUUCAAGCAAGGUUUCUUAUCGGUUGCUACACUUAGGGUGGGAACAGAAGGAAUGCAAAUGACAGUUGAUGGGAAACAUGUAACCUCAUUUGCUUUCCGCGAUACACUGGAGCCAUGGCUUGUUAGUGAAGUACGGAUUACAGGUGACUUUAGGUUAAUAUCCAUUCUUGCCAGCGGUUUGCCUACAUCGGAAGAAUCAGAGCACGUUGUUGAUCUAGAGGCACUAAAAGCACCUCCCCUUUCACCAUUAAGGCCACUUGAUCUCGUUAUUGGUGUUUUCUCCACUGCAAACAAUUUUAAAAGACGUAUGGCUGUGAGAAGAACAUGGAUGCAAUAUGAUGAUGUAAGAUCUGGCAGAGUUGCAGUACGCUUUUUUGUUGGCCUUUUUCUUAGCAAAAUGAAUGCUAGUGAUGCUGAUGGGAGUAGUCUGAAGUUGAAAAUUCCUUGUGGUCUGACUCAGGGUUCCUCCAUCACAGACAACCGCUUCCAGGGGAGCCUGAUCCGCCUAUUGNGUUGGAAAACACUAGCCAUCUGCAUCUUCGGGACAGAGGUUGACUCAGCCAAGUUCAUCAUGAAAACGGAUGAUGACGCCUUUGUUCGUGUAGAUGAAGUACUACUUUCUUUAUCAAUGACCAACAACACUCGGGGGUUAAUAUAUGGACUGAUCAAUUCUGACUCUCAACCUAUUCGAAACCCCGAUAGCAAAUGGUACAUCAGUUAUGAGGAAUGGCCAGAAGAGAAAUAUCCACCAUGGGCACACGGUCCAGGCUACGUUGUAUCCCGGGACAUAGCAGAAUCGGUUGGCAACCUUUUCAAAGGUGGAAACCUAAAGAUGUUUAAGCUAGAAGAUGUGGCAAUGGGGAUAUGGAUAGCUGAGCUGACGAAACAUGGUCUCGAGCCUCAUUACGAAAACGAUGGAAGGAUCAUUAGUGAUGGAUGCAAGGACGGCUAUGUGGUUGCUCAUUACCAAAGCCCCGCCGAAAUGACAUGCCUCUGGCGUAAAUACCAAGAAACCAAACGCUCCUUUUGCUGCCGCGAAUGGUAAAACUCAAAACGUAAACAAAAAGUACAUUCUCCAACCCUACUUUUUUGGUUUGACGUGUGCGUCCACAGGUACAUAAGAGAAAAGAGUUGCUUUAAUAUGUUGAUUCUUUAGUCACAAAAAUAUUUGAUCUCCUUUUGUUUGUUGUUCAAGUAGACUAGAUUUGCAGUUUUAGAUUAGGAGUGUAUAUUACUUGUUUCACUAAGAUGUACUGGUACUAAAAUUUACUAACUGAUAUUGUUUAAUUCGAUGGGAGUAGAUAUCAUCAGAGCAUAUUUAAAUGCUUUCACAAUUUCA